CUUGACGCGUGACUAAUUGGUAGCACUGUUUCCUCAGUCGCCAUCUUACUUUCAGUUUGAUAGCUUGCUGUUUGUGUGCUCUUUUGGUUUAUAAUAAGUUAAUCUGAGUGUUAAAAAUGCCGAAGGUGGUAAAAAGUGUUAAAAGACAAACUAUUCUUCAAGUUUACGCAUUUUGUGAGAAAGAAAAGACUGAGAACAAGCUGAUUAUUCCAUUGCAACAAGUUCGUGCCCGAGUUGCCGCCAUGACCGAUGUAUCCGAAUCUACUGUGACCAGGAUUUUGAGACAAGAAAGAGAGUCCAGUUCUGUUUCGGGUGUGCCUGGUCCGUCAAAAGUAACGACACCAGGAAAGACGCGACCAAAUCGCGAUAAGAAGAUCAAGAUUGAUGACUUCGAUGCUAGUGCAAUUCGACAAAAAAUUAUGUCAUUUUACGCUGUAAGAAAAGAAAUCCCUACAUUAAACAAAUUACUUGUCGAAUUACGAGAGGAAAUAAAUUUUGAAGGUGGGCGUACUACACUAUGGAAAAUAUUAAAACAACUUGGAUAUAAAUAUAAAAAGUGUCAAUCAAAACGAAAAAUGUUAGUGGAGCGAACAGAUAUAGCUACCUGGCGAUUUAAUUAUUUAAGUGAAAUUAAAAAAUACCGAGAAGAGGGGCGGACUAUAGUUUAUUUAGACGAAACUUUUAUACAUUCGUCAUAUAGUGUGCAAAAAUGUUGGCAGUCAGAGUCUGAAGAAGGUGCAUUGGUCAGAGAUUAUGGUAUGGGUAGGCGAUGGAUAAUUGCACACGCAGGAACUACAGAUGGCUUCAUUAAUAAAGCAUUACUGCUAUUCAAAUCGCAAACAAAAUCAUCCGACUACCAUGACGACAUGAAUAGCGAUAACUUUAUAAAAUGGCUGGAAAAACAAGUUUUACCAAACCUGCCACCUAAAUGUGUGAUUGUGAUGGACAAUGCCCCAUAUCAUACUGUGCAAACAAAUAAAAGCCCUAAUAUGACAAGCCUCAAAGCAGAUAUGGUAGAGUGGCUUCAAAACAAGGGGCUGUUGUUUUCACCAAAUUUGACAAAAAAUGUUUUGUAUGAAUUAAUUAAAAAAAAUAAACCAGAGCCUAUAUAUAAGCCGACGAAUUAAUAAAAUUACAUGGUCAUGAUGUUUUACGACUGCCCCCAUAUCAUGCAGAUUUAAAUCCGAUCGAAUUAGUAUGGAGUGUAAUGAAGAGACGGUUUGCAGAAAAAAAUGUGGGCCAGAGGGAUGAUCAAGUGGAAUCACUUAUACGAGAAUCAUUUGGCUCAAUAAGCAAUGAUAUUUGGAAAAAAGAGUGCUCUCAUGUAAUAAAAAUUGAAGAUGAUUACAUACUUAAAGAUAAAAUAAUAGACGAAGGAAGCGAUCGCUUUUUAUUGUGGGUUGGUAGUGAAGAAAGUGAUAGUGACAGUGAGCAUUCAAGCAACAUUGAAGAAGAUAUGAUUCCUUUACACCUUAUUGAUCAUAAUUAUUAUUAAAGUGGUUAUUUUUUA